AAGAUUUUGAUUGCUGGGCAGUGAUCAGACUUCAUGUGGAAUGAGGGUUCAGGGAGAAAGAAGAACAACAGCAGUCUGCUCACAUGAGUAUACUAAGCCACUAACCUUUGCUGACUGUAUUAGUGAUGAGCUGCCAUUAGGAUGGGAAGAAGCUUAUGAUCCUCAAGUUGGAGUUUAUUACAUAGACCAUAACACCAAAACCACACAGAUAGAAGACCCUCGUGUGCAAUGGCGGAGGGAGCAAGAACAUAUGCUGAAGGACUAUCUGGUCCUGGCCCAAGAGGCAAUUGCUGCUCAGAAGGAGAUCUACCAAGUGAAACAGCAAAGACUUGAAUUGGCCCAGCAAGAGUAUCAGCAACUCCAUGAAGUCUGGGAGCACAAGCUAGGUUCUCAGACAAGCUUGAUCUCUGGCUCAUCGUCUAGUUCUAAAUAUGACCCGGAGAUUCUUAAAGCUGAAAUUGCUACUACAAAAUCCAGGGUUAAUAAACUUAAGAGAGAGGUAGCUCACAUGAAACAGGAACUACAGUACAAAGAGCAUGGCUUCCAAACACUAAAGAAAAUUGAUAUGAAAAUGUCAGAUACUCAAGGAGGAUACAAACUUGAUGAAGCACAAGCCAUUUUAAGUGAAAUGAAAGCUAUCAAGAAGUUAAUCACUUCAGGGGAGAAGGAAAAGCAAGACCUCAUUCAGAGUUUAGCCAGGCUAAAGGAUGGCUUUGUGGCUGACACAGGACAGCAUUCCGACCUAUGGGCCAGCAGUACCUCCUUAGAGGGGUCCAGCCCUUUGCUACCUAGGCAGUAUCUGGAUGUAAGCUCACAAACGGAGGUUUCAGGAAAUUUUAUUACAAGUAGUAAUAAUCAGUUAGCUGAGAAGGUGAGAUUACGCCUCCGCUAUGAAGAAGCGAAGAGAAGAAUAGCAAACCUAAAAAUACAGCUGGCUAAACUGGAUAGCGAGGCCUGGCCAGGUGUAUUGGAUUCAGAACGGGACCGAUUAAUAUUAAUCAAUGAGAAGGAGGAACUCUUAAAAGAAUUGCGGUUUAUUAGCCCUAGAAAGUGGACUCGGGGUGAAGUGGAAAGACUGGAAAUGGAGAGAAAACGUCUGGAGGAAGACCUUCAGGCAGCAAGAGAUACUCAAAGCAAAGCCUUAACAGAGAGAUUGAAGUUGAAUAGCAAAAGAAAUCAUUUGGUUCGAGAACUGGAGGAAACAACAAGAUUGGUUGCAAUGUUACACACCCAGCUGAAGAGUCUCUCAACCAGCAUGCUUUCGCUCUCUUCAGGCAGCAGCCCUGGUUCUCUUGCAUCUAGUAGAGGAUCUCUUGCUACCUCUAGCCAGGAUUCUUCCACCUCAGCCAGUUUUACUGAUCUGUAUUAUGAGCAGUUGGAACAGCUGGAUUCUGAAUAUCAAAACAAAGUGGACUUUUUACUUUUGGAGGGAGCCACUGGAUUUAGGCCUUCUGGCUACAUCACCACUAUUCAUGAGAACGAGGUAGCAAAAACUCACAAAACAGAUGCCACCAGUCGGAUCCAGGCAUUAAGAUCAUCCUUAUCAGGGACACCCAAAUCAAUGACAUCAUUGUCUCCAAGGUCAUCCUUGUCUUCCCCCUCUCCACCAUGCUCGCCACUAGUAUUAGAUCCACUUUUAGCUGGAGAUAACUUUUUGAGCCAUAUGGACUUUGAAGAUACAGAAAUAAAUACAAGUUUUUCUGAACUCACUCUACAUACUGGCAGUAGUGGCUAUAGACUAGAAGAGCCUAUGGCUGAGGACAAACAUCGUGGCCAAGGUGUAAAUACAGUUGGAGGGGCUGCACUGAAGGUGGCAUGCGUGUCAGCUGCCGUGUCUGAUGAAUCUGUUGCUGGAGACAGCGGGGUAUAUGAGGCAUCUGCACAAAGGGCAUGUGUUUCAGAAACGAUGGUGUUUGACAGUGAUGAUAUGGAAGCAGCUGGGACUGCCAAAGUGCAAAUUGCUAUGAAGUAUGAUGACAAAAAUAAACAAUUUGCAAUAUUAGUCAUCCAGCUGAGUAACGUUCCUGCUCUGCUGUUGCAUCAAGAUCAGAAAGUGACUAUUCGUGUGGCUGUUCUUCCUUGCUCUGAAAGCACAAGCUGUUUGUUUCGCACGAGACCCAUGGACGCUUCCGACAAUCUUAUAUACAAUGAAAUAUUUUGGGUUUCAAUCACUUACGCUGCUUUACGUCAGAAGACUUUAAGAGUUGAUGUUUGCACUGUAGAUAAGUCCCACCUCGAGGAGUGCCUGGGUGGAGCACAGAUUAGUCUUGCUGAGAUAUGUAGAUCGGGAGAGAAGUCAACACGUUGGUACAACCUUCUUAGUUAUAAAUAUCUGCAAAAGCAAAGCGGAAAAAAUAAACAAGAGGACAUCUGUUCUGAAGAAUCCUGCGCUGAAAAAACAGAUUCUGUAUCAGCUCUUCUGGAACAGACUGCUGUUGAACUGGAAGCAGUAGAGAAGAAGCUAGAAGAAAGCAGAAGCACUUUAACUAGUGGAGAGACUUGUUUAUGUGGCAGGCAAGAUGAAGAGGUUGGUGAGCAAGAAGAACAAGAUGGGAACAGUGAGAAUGAAGCAGAAGAGGAAGAAUUUUAUGCCGUAAAAGCACUCUGGGACGCAGAAGAGAAUCCAGAAAUCCAGCUGCAUUCUGAGUUGACAGCAAUAAAGGUGGAUAAGGAGACUAACACAGAGAGCCCUGCACAGUCUUCUACUGUAGUACGUCCAAAAGAUAAAAGAGGAGCUAAUCCACCACAAACACAGUUUAUUAGAAGUAGCACCAUCAUCCGCUCAAAAACAUUUUCUCCAGGACCACAGAGUCAGUAUGUGUGUCGGCUUAAUCGUAGCGAUAGUGAUAGCUCAACACUGUCCAAAAAACCACCCUUUGUGCGAAAUGCUAUGGAGAGACGCAGUGUCAGAAUGAAACGGCCUUCGGUUAAGUCCUUUGGUGCUGAGCGUCUAAUCCGCACUUCACUAGACCUAGAACUAGACCUGCAGGCUUCAAAGACCUGGCAUGAUCAGUUAGUGCAAGAGAUCUCCGUAUUGAAAGAGCUGAAGGAACAGUUGGAACAAGCUCAAAGUCAAGGUGAAAAAGAGCUGCCACAGUGGGUGAAGGAUGAUGAAAGAUUCCGGAUUUUGCUGAAACUGGUAGAGAAGCGGGCACAGAAAACAGAACAUAAGUGUGAGCAGAAAGCUGAUAAAAUGAUGAGAGCAGCAGCCAAGGAUGUACACAGGUUACGAGGACAAAGUCGGAAGGAGCCCCUGGAAGUACAGUCAUUCAGAGCGAAAAUGGCAUUUUUCACCCGACCUAGGAUAAAUAUUCCAACUCUCUCUGCGGAUGAUGUUUAAUCACCAUGAAGUAUUUGUUUCCUCUGACCAUUCUACAAAUGCAGUUUGACUUUGCUGAAGUUAUUUAUGUGGUAUUAUGAAGGUACCCAGUCAUUUGUACAUUAGAGCAUUCAUCAGUUUAACAUCUAGAGAUUUUUAAUUUUGUUCCAUCAUUACAAAAACCAGCAUUAAAGUGACAAGAUUGUAUAGUUUGUAUAUUUAGGAAUGUAUUUUUGGGAAAUAGAAUUUUAAAUAGGAACAAAUGCAGCCUAAAGGGCUGUUAUUCUUAAAUAAUACUCUGUUUAGACUUUUUUGUACAGAUCUUUUAGAGGUUUUACUGCAAUAAAAUAAAACUGAAGGAACCUCAGUCCUCUGGUCUAUGGAUAAUAACGCAUCAAACUCUUCUCAGCUAAAUAUUUUGUACUAUGUAGAGAAUGCAGGGAACCAUUUUUUUUUUUUUUUUAGUUCUAAAGUGCUGUGAAAGAAUACUCUGUGAGCUGUGAAGCAUUUGCAUUAUCCCGCUAGGUCAUAAAAAUGGGUGUGGAGUUCAGAAUACUUGCACUUUUUAAUAUUUUUACUUCAGCUCAUGUUUGUAAUAGAUCUGUUAACAUAAGUUUCAAAAGCCCAUUGAAACCACUGCUGUGGGAUGAGGGCUGCAGGGGAACGCAAGUCAAUUUUAGGUUUUCUUUUUUCUUUCCUACCCCCUCCCCCAAUAAAGAGAUCUUUCUGGAUGAACCUCCUUCUCACUUUAUUUUUUUUUUUUGUUUAACACAGUUAAUUCACUGUCUGAGGAGCAGCUGUCUCAUCCCUUUUCUAAUCUACUAGCUUGAAAUGGUGGUUCUUCCUUUUUUUAAAUUGUUUGCAUCCUGGGUGCCUUUUAGCAAGUGAGUCAUUGGAACUUAAGCUCCAAAGCCACUUGGGUGCUUUCAAAGAUUUUCUACCUACCUAUAAAGAAAGUUGCCUAAGGAAUAUUUUAAAAUUAUUUUUCUACAAUGUAAUAAACAAGUGGGGCGGGGCACAGAAAGCAAAUUCUUGCAAAAGCACCAAUAUUCCAGCAUAAAACCAUCCUGUUAGCAAAUCUCAAAUGAUGUUGCAUGGUAAACUGCUUGUCAGCUUGUCAUUGAUUCAUUUGUGCAAGCAGUUUUCUUUUUAAUCCACUUCUGAUUAGGCAUUUGGUUUAUAUCUAACAAAUUAAUCCAUUUUAAGACUGAAUGUCCACUGAAGCAUCUCCAUAAAAAUUUGGAUCUAAUGCAUCAAACAUUAUUCUAUUUUUCAUAGUAUUAAUAUACUGGUUUUUUCUGCAUACGUCUAUGGAUUUUUAAAAAUAAUUUGUCCUUUUGUAUUGUUAACUUACUCUGGACUUUAAAAUGACUGGGUGAACUCCAAAGAGCAGAGCAUUGGCAGUUUUGUGUAGUAUCUAUCCUAUGAUAUAGUGAUUUAAGUGAGUAAGAUUAGAUUUGCCCAGUUUAUACAGUCUGGAGAAUCAUGCAACAAAUGUGUCCAAAAGGAAACAGAACAACUUCCACUCCAACCUCAACUGCACAUCACAGCUACAAAAACCGAUGUUGUGCUACAGGGAGAGAACACCACAAAGGCCUUUGCCAGAACAGUUAGUUUAAUAUUAAUUUUUGUUAUACUGUUGUUUUCAGUGUACAAAAAUCAGACUGACUUUUGUCCUGAUUUAGGGUGGUGGGAAGAUUUUAGAUCUCUAGUUUUUGCAGGGUUGGACACCUUUCCACCGAGCUCCAGUUCCAAUUAAAUAACUUUAACUAGGACUGCACGGACAUUGGCUGUAUCUAUAUUGUCCUAUAACAACAUGCAACCUAGGGCUGAAUUCUGACAGAGGAAGGUUCUACAAAUAAUC